CCCUCCUCCGGCUUCGGUACUGAUCUCCUCUACCUUUCUUUGAUGACUUUCCUCACAACCUACUUCAGGUAGACAGGAAUUUCUUUUUAACUCCACGGCUACCUAUUACAAAAUGUCGGCCAAGGUUCCCAGGAACUUCAGGUUGCUCGAAGAGCUCGAGAAGGGCGAGAAGGGCUUGGGCGCAGAGGCGUGCUCCUAUGGUCUAGACGAUGGCGAAGAUAUGAUGAUGAGCAACUGGAAUGGCACCAUACUCGGCCCUCCUCAUAGCGUUCACGAGAACAGAAUAUACAGUGUCAAGAUUCACUGCGGUCCCGAUUACCCCGACAAUCCCCCGUCCAUUCAAUUUAGCUCUCGGAUCAAUCUGCCAUGCGUUGAUCCCCACACUGGCAAGGUCGAUCCCACCAAGUUGCCUUGUCUGGCUCAAUGGAAGCGCGAAUACACCAUGGAGACUAUUCUGCUCGAGAUCAGGCGGUAUAUGGCUCUGCCCCAACACAAGAAGCUUCCUCAGCCUCCGGAGGGCUCUAACUUCUAGAUGAUGUGACGCUGUGAAUGACUCAGGAAUCGAAUGAGGAGUAUUCUGGUUGGUUUUGCGCGUGAGGUUCGUUCGCGUGUUCUUUCGUUUGUCUAUUAGAGCGUGUACAGUCUAUGCAUAACGGCGGGCAUGGCGUGGUGUCAAUCGAAGCCUGGUUGCAAUUCAUCGAUCCUAGAAACUUUGUCGGUGGGGACGUUCAUGUCAACCUUGCUAUUGCUACCUAGACUAUUAUCUACCAGGACCCUAUCAUUGACUCUGAAAGAAUACUGAACGCGGGCCAAGUCCUGGCUUCUGAGGAGAGCCGCAGUUAGUUAUAUGACAGCACCGCAGGGGACUGACUUUCUACCUGCAU